UCUCCACAGCAUUCAUGCUUGAAACCCGUCACCAUCGAUUUAUAUACACAUUCAAGAGCUUUUUCAUCCAUAUAUGUGAUGUUAUGAAGGCUUCUGCGGCAAAAGAUACUCACCUCUAGCAGCAGACAUGCCCGGGUCGUUGCAUGAAACCUCCAAUCUGGAUCGAGGCGGCAACAACAGGAAGAAGAAGAUAGAGGAAUUCUCUAGGUCUUCUCGAGAGAAACUAGUCCAGUCGAAGAAUAAAAUGUUCUCCAAAUUCACGUCAAUCCUCCAGCAUGCGGUGGAAGCGCUUGCCCCUUCACUGCCUUUGCAGGAGGACUUUGUCUAUCACUGGAAGGCUAUUACACAUUAUUACAUUGAGACUUCAGAUGACAAAGCUCCAGUCACAGACACCAAUAUCCCAUCCCACCUGGAACAGAUGCUGGACAUCCUAACCCAGGAAGAAAGGGAAAGGGAGUCUGGAGAGACAGGACCCUGUAUGGAGUAUCUCUUACACCAUAAGAUCCUGGAGACGCUCUUCACUUUGGGCAAAGCUGAUUGUCCACCAGGGAUGAAACAGCAGGUGCUGACUUUCUACACAAAGCUACUAGCACACAUUCGUCAGCCUCUCCUACCACACAUCAAUGUCCACAGACCUGUGCAGAAACUGGUGCGUCUGUGUGGGGAGGUGCUUGCUGCUCCUACAGAAAACGAAGAGAUUCAGUUUCUUUGUAUAGUCUGUGCCAAACUGAAGCAGGACCCAUAUCUUGUCAACUUCUUCCUUGAGAACAAGACAAGGAGACCUGAAACAAAGAGUCCUGAAAGAGCAGAGCAAGUGAAGGCUCCAGACACUGGUCAGCCUCUGGGAGAGGCACAGCCUGGCUGCCCAGAGGAACCACAAGUUGCUGCUGCUGCCGCUGCUGCUGCUACUGCCACAUCCAGUCCAACCAACAACAACAAUAAUGGCAGCAAUUAUAAUCUCGUCACGUCUCUUCUCAACCUCACAAAGAGCCCUGAUGGCAGAAUAGUGGUGAAGGCGUGUGAGGGCCUGAUGCUGCUGGUCAGUUUACCAGAGCCUGCUGCUGCCAAGUGUUUAACUGAAAACACUGAGCUCUGUGAGCUUCUGACCGACAGACUGGUCUCCUUCUAUAAAGCUCUGCCACAGUCUAUGGACCCUUUAGACAUUGAGACAGUUGAAGCAGUCAACUGGGGUCUGGAUGUAUAUAACCUAAAGGAGGAUGCUGCCAUCUUCGCAGGGAAGAGGCCUCUCAUCUCCUUCCUGUCUUGGCUAGAUUACUGUGACCAACUCAUCAAGGAGGCUCACAAGUCAGCAGCUGCAGUGUUGGCAAAAGCAGUGAGAGAAAGAUUCUUUGUGUCUGUGAUGGAACCACAGCUUAUGCAGACGUCUGAGGUUGGCAUCCUGACAUCCACAGCUCUGCUGAACAGGAUCAUCAGGCAGGUGACAUCGGAGGCUCUGCUACAGGAGACGGUUUACUUCCUGCUGGGGGAAGAAAAAGACCAAGAAACUUCAGCAACUGUUGCUCAAAACCCACUCAGACACCGACUCAUUGAGCACUGCGACCACCUGUCAGAUGAGAUCAGCAUCAUGACACUGAGGCUGUUUGAGCAGCUGAUGCAGAAACCCAACCAGCACAUCCUCCACAGCUUGGUGCUGCGUAACCUAGAGGAGAGGAACUACCUAGAGAACAAACCACAGGAGGAGCGAGAGCCCCUCGAGAACGGCCAGCCACAAGAUGCCGUAGAUCUUGAGGAGGAUCCUCUAUUUGGUGACGACGUCUCUCCUGACAGCCGGCUGUCUGGUUCUGAUUGGCUGAGCUCGUCUCCUCCACAGAGUCCGGACCACUCCAAGUCUGAUGGGAAAACAGAGGUCCACAAGAUUGUCAACAGUUUCCUGUGUUUGGUCCCUGACGAGGCCAAGUCAUCGUAUCAGGUUGAAGGCACAGGCUAUGACACCUACCUCAGAGACGCACACAGACAGUUCAGGGACUAUUGUGGAGUGUGUCACCAGUGGGACUGGAGGGGAAACCCAAAGCCUUUUGAGAAGUGUAACUUGGACCUGCCGUUCUUUGAAGGCCACUUCCUCAAGGUUCUUUUCGACCGGAUGGGUCGCAUCCUAGAUCAGCCCUAUGAUGUGAACCUGCAGGUGACCGCUGUGCUGUCCAAGCUGUCUUUGUUACCACACCCUCACCUUCACGAGUACCUGCUGGACCCUUACAUCAGCCUGGCCCCCGGCUGCAGGUCUCUGUUCUCCGUCAUCGUCAGGGUGGUGGGAGAUCUCAUGUUGAGGAUUCACCGCAUCCCAGAUUUCACACCCAAACUGCUGCUGGUGAGGAAGAGACUCCUCGGCCUGGAACCCGAGGGCAUCACAAUCGAUCACAUGACUCUGCUGGAGGGGGUGAUCGUGCUCGAGGAGUUCUGCAAAGAGCUCGCAGCCAUCGCCUUCGUCAAAUACCACGCGGCAGCCGCCUCCUCCUCCUCGCCGUGAUCCGUCUGCCUCGGCCUGGCUGACAGGUCAGGAUUAAACUGGGCCUUUUGUGGUGUGUGUGUGUGUGUGUGCGCGCGUGUGCUGGUACCGGUGGCACAGGGUCGGCAAAACAUUAACACUAACUGCUCAUCAUUGCAAGACUGUUAAAGCCCACACGGACGGCUCCAUCACUCUCUCCUUCUUCUGGCCUCUCAGGCACCAACAUAAAAACAAAGUCUUUGGUCUUGUUCUUGAGCAGGUCAGAGCACAGACACUGCCCAGCCAGCAGAGGAGGAAGCGGAGAGAGGCUGAGGUGCAGACCGGACUUUUCUCAGCCUCUGCAUUUUCACCCUCCCAUCACAAUCCUUUUCUUUUCUCACCAGCCAAAAGAUAAAAGCCCUGUAAUUAUUAUUAUUAUUAUUAUUAUGUCAAGGGGAAAAGAUGGUGUGUGUAUUUAUUUUCCUGUCACAUUGUCGCCCAUUUGUAAACGUCAAUGCCUUAGUGUGACAUCACACGUUUCCUUUUGAAACAUUUUUAAAUCUCAUCCCUCUGACGCGUCGUCUUUUUUGAAGACGAGAGGCCGCAGAGAACUCUCUUCUGUCCUUGUGUGUUUUUAGUUAGGAAGAACAUCCUGAGCUGCAGUAUUUACGAUGCUACACUCUCUCGUCUUUUAAAUGCCAAGUCCCCCCCCCCCCCCCCCCCUUUAUUUAUUUGUUUGUUUAAAAUUAAUAUCGUAUUAAGAUAAAAAAAAACUAAAAUAAUCAAAGUUGUGACAGAUGCUGUUUGUUUUUCCUCGUCUUUCAACUCUUUUUGUCUAAAAGUGCUUGUGCUGUUUGGAGCAUCGUCUGUAAUCGCCUUCGCCCAAAGAUUUCACCAUCGCUCUCAUGUUCAGUGACGUGGUGGGUUUUUGUAAGUUGUAUGAUUUUGCACAUGGACCUCACUGCAUUGCACUUGUUACACUAUUCAAGUUCCUCGGCGCUUUGUUUUUGUGCUCGGCUUUUAGGAAAUAUCUAACGGGCAUCUUGAGACGUCUUAUUUUUGAUUUGUUGAACUCGAUCGUUUUGCUUUUCACACCCGUAACAGUGUAUAAACCACUGGCUGCAGUUUUCUCUGACCUCUGGUUAUCAUCACCUCCCAUGAAGUUAACUGAAGUGUUAACUUGGCAGUAUUACCGUUUCAUUUUGAGUUCGAAUAAUAAGGUGCUGUGUUUUACUGGAGCAUGAUGUUUGGUUGUUACUUCGAAUUUAAAGUUUAAUUCUUCAACUUUUUACAUCAAGACGCUACUAAGAUAAGCUUUAGUUAGUUUGUUUUGUCUUAUGCUCCCAGUGUGAAUGUUGCUUGUUGGUGUGUGGAAUGAUGAAUUUGUUGGGGGUGUGUGUGACGAUUUAUUGCCGUGCAGUUUGUCAUUUUUGAAGCCAUGUCUUAUUUCUUUCUCUCUCUCUCAGUCCCUCUUUCCAUCACUCAAGCACCUAAACUACAUUAUGCAACAACUUGCAUGGAAUCAGAUUUGCACAUUAUCUUUAUUCAUCUGUGUUCGUAUUGUAAAUAUACACAACAAAAAGCUUUCUUUUCUUUUUCUUCAUAUACCCUUCAAAAAAAAAAGUCUUGCUUGUACCAGGAGUAACAUUCCUAUUGUAAUGAGAAACUUUUUAAAAAAAUGUCAAUCAUGAACAUUUGUAAUCAACUAUGUUUUCAAAGUUUUCCUGUACGGCUGUGUAUGUGAACAAUAGCAAAGGGAGGUUUACUAUCUGGUGUAAACGCACGCUUGAGCGUUCUUUUUUAUUGUGGAAAGGAAGGAAGAGAGGCAGUGGAGCCGUCUGUGAUGAUUUCAGAGCGGUCAGCACUUUGUUCUGACCGGCAGAUCUGAUGCCUUACUUCACACUGUGGAUAUCUGA